UACACAAACACAAAACAAAGUCUCAUUAGACCCCACACUCUGAAACAAUCUUGCAGCCUAAAUAUCACACUUUAUAGAUGGGUCUUAAUGAUAAAUACAACAAACUCGUUUUCUUAUGCCUCUCUUUACUGUUAUUUCACAACAAUUUGAAGAAUGUCGACGCCUUGGCAUGUAACUGGGGGACACAAGCGAGCCAUCCUAUGCCACCAAACAUAGUGGUGAAACUCCUCAGAGACAAUGGGUUCAACAAGGUUAAGCUAUUUGAAGCCGACCCUGGCGCACUUAGAGCCCUCGGUAAAUCCGGUAUUCAAGUCAUGGUUGGUAUCCCCAACGAUCUCUUGGCAUCUAUGGCAUCCACUGUCACCAACGCCGAGCUUUGGGUUCGACAAAACGUCUCUCAAUACAUCUCUAAAUACGGUACCGACAUAAGAUACGUAGCCGUGGGGAACGAGCCAUUCUUGAAGAACUACAAGGACAGAUUCGUCAAAUCAACAUACCCGGCGCUUCAGAACGUUCAAGCAGCUCUGGUGAAAGCCGGUCUCGGCCGGCAAGUCAAGGUCACGGUGCCUCUCAACGCAGACGUCUACGAAUCCGGCGACGGUCUCCCUUCCUCCGGCGACUUCCGUUCCGACAUCAAGACACUAAUGGUCUCCAUCGUCCGCUUCCUCGCCGACUCCGUAUCCCCCAUAACUUUCAACAUCUACCCUUUCCUCUCCCUCAACGCCGACCCGAACUUCCCCCGCGAAUACGCCUUCUUCCCCGGCGGCGGCGGAGCUAAGCCAGUCGUCGACGGAUCGAUCUCUUACACGAACGUCUUCGACGCGAACUUCGACACGCUCGUCUCGGCGCUGGAGAAGAACGGAUUCGACGCGGAGAAGGUGGAGAUCAUCGUCGGAGAAGUCGGAUGGCCCACCGACGGCGACGCGAACGCGAACACGGCGCUGGCUCAGAGGUUCAACCAAGGGUUAUUAAACCGCAUCGUCCGAGGACAGGGAACGCCUCGCCGGAAAACGGCGCCGGAGGUUUACGUGUUCUCGUUGGUCGACGAGGACGCGAAGAGCAUCGAUCCCGGGAAGUUCGAGCGCCACUGGGGAAUAUUCUCUUACGACGGCGCCGUUAAGUACCCGCUAAGUCUCGGUAACGGACGUCAGUUGGUUCCCGCGAAAGGGGUUCGUUACCAGGCACGUGAGUGGUGCGUGCUCUCUCCUCAAGCGGCUGCGGGGAACGCCGCGUGGACGUCGUCUGCUGAUUACGCGUGUCAGCAAGCUGACUGCACCUCUCUGGGCCCGGGGUCCUCUUGCGCUGGUUUAGAUUCAGCGGCGAAUGCGUCUUACGCGUUUAAUAUGUAUUUUCAGAAGAUGGAUCAUCGCCGGGGAUCUUGCGUGUUCGACAAUCUUGGGGUUGUGACUAAGGUUGAUCCGUCGGGUGGCUCGUGUAGGUUUCCGAUUGAGAUUGAUACGAGCAGGAAGGAUGAGACGUUGCGUCCGCGGAAGAAUUCUGGUGCCGGUGAAGGGAAGUGGAUGACGGUGGUGACGGCGGAGAUGGCGGUUGUUUGGGCGGUGUAUAUUUUGAUGAUCAUUGGGGCGUAAUUUUUUCUGUUAACUAUUUUCGUUCUUCUUUCUUACAUCUGUAAAUAAGAUCGAUAAUUGGACAUAUGAUUUGUCUUUCGUGGAACUGUUGUACCACGUAGUACUAUAGUUGCUAUACACAUAUGAAUUAUGUAAAUUAGAUAGUUGCCCAAAAAAAAAAAAAAAAGAUAGUGGCUUAAUAUGAUAUCAAAUUAGC